AUGAUUUAUCCACAUCGUGAUCCCAAGCGACCAACAUCUACUUUUUCUGGACGUGAUCGAGAUCGUGAAAAAGACCGUGAUAGGGAGCGCCCUGCAUCUCAGCGUUUUAAUUUUCCAUCGCAUUCUCUACAUCAGCAAUCUCAGCACCAUUACUCUCAUCAACAUCAACCACCGCAGCAACCUCUAAUUCAAUCUCAUCUUCCUCCAAGCGCCCCUAUCUCUCCGGCUCCUCAUCGCACCAUCUAUUCUAGCCCUCUUCCUCCGACCACCUCUACUCAAUCAUUUCCUCUUCAUUCUUCCAAUCAGCUCCAACAGCAUUCUCCCUUUUCUCAUUCUCCACAUCAACCUCAAUCUGCAAUUCCAUCACUUGGAUCUGGUGUUACUCACACUCGUCAAGCUCAAUCAACUCCUUCAUCUUUGUCUCCUGCCCUUUCUUCGAUUUCUCAUCUAGCACAAUCGAUUUCCAAGCAUCCGGACUCUAUUGUUGGUGACGAAGCCUCUUCGGCUGUCUCAGCAGCAGCCGCCACUGAGGCAUUGCUUCUCUCAGCAUUGGCCGCUGUUUCUGGCGACCCAAAUGGAAUGGCUGCAAUGCUGUCAGCCACUCUACGACGUCAGAGCUCGCCAGCCAACCAGACAUCUAAUUCUGGUCCAUCUAUACCAGCGGUGCAGACACCACCGAUACCAAUAGCUGCUCCUCUUAAAUGUCUUUUUGUCUAUUUCGCGACGCUUUUUUUGGUUUUCCCUCGAGCACCCUAUGCCUUUAUUUCGGACUUUCCUUUCUUUUUUGGACAACUAGCCUCUGGAUCUGCUACCUCCGCUGGUUUCUCAAUUCCCUCUUCCCCUGGCACAUCUCGCUCAGGGUCAGGAUGCACCAGCUUCUCUAGCACAUCUGGCCUCUCAUCCUCUACUGCCUCUUCUACUCCAACGUUGCUAUCCUCAGAUCCUUUUUUGGAAGCUGUGCUUUCGGCCGCCUCAGCUUCUGGUUUUAAUGAACCGAAUGAUGAGAUUUCCGCUUUUCAUUUACAGCAACAGCAACAAAUAGUUGAAGUUGCAAGGACUUUCCUCCUUUCGGGUAAUUGCUUCUUAUUUCUAUAUCCUCUAUCUUUUAUACAUUUGUGA